AUGGAGGAUAAAGAAUCAACAACUACAAUGGUGGAGAUAGAACAACAACAACAACAACUACCAUCAGUAGUAAUAGAAAAGAUAGUUGGUUACUUUUGGAAUAAUAGAUUUGAUAUUUCACCUUUAAAACAAAAGAUUAGAAUAUCAUUGGUUGGAUGGUCUUGGUUUGAAGCAGUAUCUAAACAGAUUGAUGAACAACUAGUGAUGAAAUACCCGUAUGACUUUUACCAGGUGGUCAAACAUUUGGAGAGUCGGUAUUGUCUUUGGAAGAAUGUUCGUACGGUCGAUUGUCAGAAUAUCUAUACCAUGUUGACACAUUUCAAGAGGUAUCGUCAUUUGGGAGAACACUCUUUGGCUCGUAGAUCAUUCGUACCGUCAUUACACACUAUUGUGUUUAGCAAUGUAUUCAAUCUCGAUUCAUUGGCAGAGAUACAUGACCGUUAUUUGUAUCCGAUACAAGGUACCCCACAACGAAUCCGUGUAUGUGUAGAUAACCUUGCACAUGACUCAUUACGUCACGGUCAAGUCAAGGCAUACGACUUUUCACUCUACUCGUCUGAUAUCUAUCUAUCAAAGGUGAUAGUCAAGACACCGGAAAGGGGUGGUGAGCUGACUGACCCAAAGGCGAUACUAACACAUGACAGAGCACGACACAUUGAAUGUCUGAAGCUUCAACUUGACCAAAAACUAUAUUCCUAUCAGUUGUUGGACACGAUCUUUACAUCGUCACCUUCAAGUGUGUUAUGUAAGAGUUUGACAACUCUAAAGAUCAAGGCAAAAGAGUUUGACAAUUUGUAUGACUUUAUCGACAUAGUGACUCGUGAUACUCUGCAAUACCUCUGUAUCAAAACAACUAAUCGAUCCAUCUUUUUCAAAGAGUUGCGUGAUGUCCAAGCCCCGCAUGUCAGGGUAUCGACCAACCAUAAGACACCGUUUGUCUUGUUUAAUCAUUUGACUCUUAGAACACUCAGACUCUGUGCUCCACCACUUCCACCACCUUUGGACCACGACGAUGAUGAGGUGAGUGGUGGUGAAGACCCCGAGUCUUCACUCAUUCUAUCUCACAAACUACCAAAAACACUCGAACAACUCACAAUAGACAACUUUCAACCAGACAAGGAUAAUCUAACUUUCCUAUUCUCCAAUCAAAAUGGUAAUACGAAUCUUUCAAACUAUCGUAUGCCAAUAUCAAUACUAUAUAAUCGACAUAUGGAGUCACUUGUUUCUCUCACUUUGGGUGGAUACUUAUAUUAA